AUGAACUACCACAACCGGCUGAGCUUUGUGUUGCAGCUGCUGCUGAUCUUGCCACUGCUCUGUGUGGCAAAUACGAUCAAGGAGCGCAAUUUGUUUGCCACCGAACUCUUUCAGACCUUGGCCACCGAUCGUCAGGAGGAGAAUGUGAUCAUUUCGCCGGUAUCCGUGCAGCUGGCUUUGGGCCUGGCCUACUACGGGGCGGAGGGUAAGACGGCAACGGAGCUGCAGAAGACGUUGCAUGCCUCGGCGCAAGAGAGCAAAGAUGGGCUGGCCGAGAGCUACCACCGUCUGUUGCACUCAUACAUCAAGUCCAAGACGGUGCUGGAGAUCGCCAACAAGGUCUACACACGUGAGAAUCUCAAGGUGGCGCCACAUUUCCGCCAAGUGGCUGCAAAGUACUUUGACUCCGAAGUGGAAGCUCUCAACUUUGAGCAGGAAUCGCAAGCGGUGCAACAGAUCAACAACUGGGUGAAACAGAAGACGCAGCAGAAGAUUGAGCAUGUGGUGGACAAACUGGAGCCCGACACAAAUGUGGCACUCAUCAAUGCCAUCUACUUCAAGGCACGCUGGGCGCGACCCUUCAACGACGAGGACACCAAGGAUCGCGACUUCUGGCUAAGUGAGAGCCAAGCGGUUCAGGUGCCCACAAUGUUUGCCGACAAUUGGUAUUACUACGCCGACUAUCCGGAGCUGGAUGCCAAGGCCAUUGAGCUCUUCUUCGAGAACAUCAACAUGACCAUGUGGUUCAUUCUGCCCAACAAGCGCACGGGUCUCCAGCAGCUGGAGCAGCAGCUCAAGGGCGUCGACUUCAAGCUGCUCGAGGAGCGCUGGCAAUGGCAAAGUGUUGCCGUCUAUUUGCCCAAGUUCAAGUUCGAGUUUGACACCGAUCUGAAGCCCACACUGAACAAGCUGGGCAUCAAUGCCAUGUUCUCCACGGCAGCGGACUUUAGCAACAUCUUUGACGAUUCACCCAUUGGCACCCGCAUCACGAAGCUGCAGCACAAGACAUUCAUCGAUGUCAAUGAGAUUGGCUGCGAGGCAGCUGGCAUCAGUUACGCUGCUGGUGUACCCAUGUCUCUGCCCUUGGAUCCCAAGACCUUUGUGGCCGAUCAUCCGUUUGUCUUUAUCAUUCGCGAUCAGCACGCGGUCUAUUUCACAGGACACAUCGUCAAGUUCUAGACUAAGAAUCAUAAUCUAUACACAUUUCAUAUUAUAUUAUUAUAUUUUCAAUAACUUUAAUAAACUUCAAUUAAUAUUCUCAAA